AUGUCUCCAAAGUCAAAACCAGCUUCAAAUAACAGGCCUUGUCUGCCUGCUUCUCUUAAAGAGGAAAUAUAUGAACAAAGGGACGAAAAAGACAAAAGAAAGUUUGAUCAAAAGUUUAGAAACCGAGAAAAAACACGUAAAAUAAAAAGAAAACUUGCUCGUCUGGAGAAGAAACAUAAAAGAGCUAAGGUACAAGCACAGGAGAUACAAAAACCUCCAGCGAAACGUCAGAAAACGGACGAUGAUUCCAUUUCUUCUAAGAAAGAAAAAAAUUCCGGGAAACAAAAAGUUACACACGCACAACAAUUAGAAAAAUUUUCUACAAAAAAUCCUAGAAAAAAUGUCGAAUCAAUUGAAGAUGAUGAUGAAGAACGAGCAAUGAGACGAUUAGAAAAGAAAUUGAGAAUUAAAUCGAGUGCAAAACUUUCGAAAGUUUUUAAAGAUGAUGGAUUGGAUGAAUUAUUGGAGGGAAUAACAGUUGGUUCACAGAAGUCAAGAUUAAAUUUAUCAAAGAAUAAAGAUAAUUUACAAGAAAAAAAUGAUAAAAAAGAUCUUGAAAAUCAAAAUUUCGAAAGAUGCAAAGAAUCUACAAGUGAAGAUGAUGAAUCUCAAGAAUCAGAUAACGAUAGUGAAACCCUUUUGGAUUUAAAAGAAUUCAACAUUGAGAGUGAAGAAACUGAUGAUGAAAACCUUGUCAAGUAUAAGCCUCCACAUCUACGUGAAAAACCUGUAACCACAAAUGCUCAAGAACCUGAUAAAGCAAAACAAGAGCAAAUUUCACGCUUACAACGUCAAUUGCAAGGUUUUCUAAAUAGAUUGAGUGAAUCUAACAUAGAAAGCAUAAUUAUGAAUAUCGAGGAAAUUUAUGAGAAUAACAUUCGUCACGACGUAACUUCUACUAUCACCACUUUUAUAUUGAAUUUAAUAUCAAAUAGGUCUACGAUUUUAGAUCAAUUCGUAAUUUUGUACGCUGCCUUGGUUACUGCGCUAUAUAAGAUCGUUGGGAUAGAUUUUUGUGCAUAUUUCACUCAAACUUUAAUAGAAAAUUUCGAAAGAUUUCAUGAUCAACAUCUUCAAACUGUUGAUUUACAUGAAAAGGGUGGAAAAGAGUCAGAUUUGACAGAAUUGAACGUGGAAUUAUUAUUAAAAAUUGUUAAACAUUCCGGUUAUCAACUCAGGCAAGAUGAUCCAUCUGUUUUAAAAGAAAUAGUUCAACAAAUUCAUAAUGAAACGGGCAAGAGAGAUUCCCAAAGUUUGGCGCCACGUACUAAAUUUAUGAUAGAAACCAUCGUAAAUCUCAAAAAUAAUCGCUUAAAACAGCAGUCAAUAGUAACCAACACAGAGAUUCAAGCUACUCAACCGUUGAGAGCAAGUCUUGAAGAUAUUCGUUCAAUCGAAACGAAGGGCAAGUGGUGGCUUGUUGGAUCAGGUUGGAAUGCCGAUAUGAUCGUCGAUCAAUCCUCGACUACCCUUAAACAGGCAGAAAAGAGAGAAAGUGUAUCGGAUGCUUUAUUAAAUCUUGCAAAGCAACAAAAAAUGAACACUGAUGUUCGAAGGAGUAUUUUUGUAAUUUUAAUGAGUGGCGAGGAUUAUGUUGAUGCUUUUGAGAGACUUCUAAAACUAGGCCUUAAAGAAGUCCAAGCACGAGAAAUUCCACGUGUCUUAAUUCACUGUUGUGGCAACGAAAAGAUUCAUAAUCCUUAUUAUGCUCUCAUUGCUCAAAGACUUUGUAACUAUGAUCACAGUUUCAAAAUAACUUUUCAGUAUUGCUUGUGGGACUUUUUAAGAGAAUGUGGCGAAAAUGAUGUAGGUGGCAUGGAACUUAUUAAAAAUACGCCAACCCAAAACGAUGAAGUAAAAGAAAUACCAUUGAGGCGACUUGUCAAUUUGGCGAAGUUUUAUGCAAUUUUAAUUUCAGAGCGUGAAUUAUCAACUAUAAUUUUAAAGACGGUGUCUUUUACUAAAUUGCAUUCCCAAAGUCAAUUAUUUUUUCAACUUCUUUUUUCAAAUAUAAUAAUUUUAACUUUAACAAAAAAUACUCGAAAGCCAAAUCCUCAAAAACUUUCCGAUGUUUUUGGAAAUAUUAUCAAACAAACAAUACGAGACAAAAUGAGUGUUGAAGAAAUGCUGGAAUAA